UGUAGCAUCAGGGGCAGGAGUUGCUUAUGUAACUGGGACAGCAGAUUUAGCAGGAGGAGAGGAGGCAGAGGCUUUGGAUGGGAACAGUAAGCUGUCGGCAGGGGCAACAUGCCCCAGUGGCUGCUUCUCAUAAGCAGGGUGGCAACAUCCGGGGUCCCUGGGUCCGAGGCUGGAAGAGCCUCUGGUCAGGUGUGGGGACUACCAGGUCAGGUGUGGAAGAGCUGUGGGGACUACGGGGGCAUCAGUGCCUACACCAGGAGCCCCUGGAGCCGGCCCUGUUGCUAACAGAGAAGCCUCUGUCUGAGUGGCCAGUGCCUCAGUUCGUCAACCUUUUUCUGCCGGAGUUUCCCAUUAGGCCCCUUAAGGGGCAUCACCAGCUGAAGAUUUUAGGCCUUGUGGCUAAAGGCUCCUUUGGAACGGUCCUCAAGGUGAUAGACUGUGGCCAGAAAGCAGUAUUUGCAGUGAAGGUGGUGCCCAAGGUAAAGGUCCUACAGAGGGACAUCCUGAGGCAGUGCAAAGAGGAGGUUAGCAUCCAGCGACAGAUCAACCAUCCUUUUGUACACGGUUUGGGGGACAGCUGGCAGGGAAAACGGCACCUCUUCAUUAUGUGCAGCUACUGCAGUACAGACCUUUACUCCCUGUGGUCCUCUGUUGGCUGCUUUGCUGAGGCCUCCAUCCGCCUCUUUGCUGCUGAACUGGUUCUGGUGCUGUGCUAUCUCCAUGAUUUGGGCAUCAUCCAUCGAGAUGUGAAGAUGGAGAAUAUCCUUCUGGAUGAACGAGGCCAUCUGAAACUGACAGACUUUGGUCUGUCCCGCCACCUGGCCCAGGGAACCCGAGCCUAUACUAUCUGUGGCACUCUUCAAUACAUGGCCCCAGAGGUCCUGAGUGGAGGGCCUUACAACCAUGCUGCUGAUUGGUGGUCCCUGGGUGUCUUGCUUUUCUCUCUGGCAGCUGGGAAGUUCCCAGUGGCUGCAGAGAGAGAUCAUGUGGCCAUGUUGGCAAGUGUGACCCACUAUGAUUUUGAGAUCCCAGCUUCUCUUAAUCAGGGGCUCUCACUCCUGCUCCAUGAGCUCUUAUGCCAGAAUCCCCUCCAUCGUCUGCGUUACUUGCAUCACUUCCAGGUCCACCCUUUCUUUCGGGGUGUGGCCUUUGACCCAGAGCUCCUACGGAAGCAGCCAGUGAACUUUGUCAUGGAGACACAAGCUACCCAGCCCAGUCCAUCGGAGUCCAUGCUUUUCAAGGAUUUUGACUGUAACCUGGAGUCCUACUUGGUCCAUCCCAGCCUUGCUUGAGCUCCUCUACUAUAGAUUUGGGCCCAUCUGGGAACCUGAGAAUUUCCUCCACUGCCAACUCAGUAUGACCACUUUGAUGAUCCAGUUUGUUUUUAAUAUGUAGCCUCUUACCAUUCUGUUCUACUUGUUGGGCCAGAGUUCAAAUCUUGGCCCUCCCUCUCCCCCCCACGAAUACAACCCACCUCUCAAUUCAACAUGUCAGAUCAGAGUGUUGACCUUUUCCUUUGCUUCAUUUCUCCAAUGCUCAUACCCUGAAGCUUUCAGCUAGAGGCUUAUUCUACUUUUCCCAUUCCUUGUCUAUUUCCUUUAUUUUUUUUUUUAUUUAUUAGAGGGGGGAGGGGCAGAAGGAGACAGAAUCUUAA